AUGCCAUGUGAAGGCUGUGUGGAGAGGGACAAUGGAAGCACCAAUGCAACCAUGGGAUUUCUCCUGCUCGGCUUCUCUGAGCUGCUCCGUCUCCGGGCCCUCCUCUUCCUUAUCUUUCUUACUGUCCAUCUGGCCACGCUGGCAGAGAAUGUGGUGAUCUUCAUGGCAGUGGUUAUGGAGCCUUCCCGUCCUCCCAUGCUUUUCUUCCUCUGUCAGCUCUCUGCCAUUGAGCUCUGCUAUACCUUAGUCAUUGUCCCGAAGGCACUCCUCAGCCUGACAGCAGAUGGCAGCACCAUUUCUUUCAUAGGCUGCGCUGCCCAGAUGCACCUCUUUGUGGCGCUUGGUGGAGCUGAAUGCUUCCUUCUAGCAGCCAUGUCCUACGACCGUUAUGUUGCCAUCUGUCAGCCUCUUCACUAUGUGGCAGUGAUGAGUGAAGGGCUCUGCCUCAAGCUGUCUGUGGCAUCCUGCCUGGGUGGCUUUGCUGUUGCACUGGGGUUGACAGUGGCUGUUUUCCACUUACCUUUCUGUCAGUCACAUCAUAUCAAUCACUUCUUCUGUGAUGUCCCUGCUGUUCUGCACCUUGCUUGUACUCAGAAUUACACCCUAGAGCUGCCCUUGCUGGCUGCCUGUGUGCUCCUCCUGCUCCUCCCCUUCCUGCUAAUCCUGACUUCUUAUGCUUGUAUUGCUACCGCUUUGCUGCAUGUCCGCUCCUCCAUGGGAAGAGGCAAGGCUUUUUCCACUUGCUCUUCACACUUGGCCAUCACCUUGCUGCACUAUGGAUGUGCCACCUUCAUGUACAUUCAUCCUAAGUCCAGUUACUCACCAGCUCGAGACAAGAUGGUAUCUCUGGUCUACACCAACAUCACCCCAUUACUGUAUCCCCUCAUUUAUAGCCUGAGGAACAAGGAAAUCAGAGGGGUCCUGAGGAAAAUGUUGAGGAGGAAGAGAAUAGCUCAGCUGAACUGGGAUACUAUCAGGGCUGUGAUAUGUGGGUGUGGUAAAUUUUAG